AUGAGUUCUACAAAAAGUCUGGCCAAGACUGUAAUGAUUUUAUAUGCCAUAUGUUUUUUUACAAACUCUGAUGGAAGACCAAUGAUGAAGAGAUCGGUGAGUGAGAUGCAAUUAAUGCAUAAUCUUGGAGAGCAUCGACACACUGUGGAGAGACAGGAUUGGCUUCAGAUGAAACUGCAGGAUGUGCACAGUGCCCUUGAGGAUGCCAGGACCCAGAGGCCUCAAAACAAGGAUAUUGUCCUGGGGGAGAUAAGAAACCGGAGGCUGCUCCCUGAGCAUUUGCAGGCAGCACUGCAGAAGAAAGCCAUAGACCUGGACAAAGCUUACAUGGAUGUACUCUUUAAAACUAAACCAUAACAAAAAGACCAAGAGCAUUAUAUCUGUCCACGUAAGCACGUGUCUGUAGAUCACUGAUCAAUUAAGGCAUUUUAUUUUUUAAUUCAAACUAUGAUAAGGAUUAAAGGCUCCAUGCCAGACUGUAGUAGCCCCAUUGAUGAUGGGUAUUUCACAACUAAAUAAUAAAAUGUAUUUACAGGUCACCUAUGGCCAUUGCUGCUAACUCCUGGGUAUCUUUUAAAUGGUUAAUGUAACUCAUUAACUUCCAGGAGAAUUAAAAACAAAAUAAAAGGCAAGACCAGCCACAAUAGAAUAAGAAAGUUGAAAAACAUUUAAGACCAGUUCCACCACUCCUAUACAGAGAGCAUUUGUCUGUAAUCUUUGGGCCUACUUGUACUGUAAACCAACAACGUAUAACUGCAUUAUGCCUAGGGUUAAACUUCAAGUUUGUCCUAAUGCAAAAACACAAACUUUAAUCCACUUUUAUUUUCCCAAAAAGACCUAAAACCAGAUGAAUGUCAAUUACAUAGCAAAAGGUGCAUGAUAAUUUAGGAUUAAAGAGUGCAAACAUGAAAAAUAGAAGAAGGAACCCAAAGCUUAAGAUUAAAGCAUAAUGAAAUAAAAUUUAAACAAAUUGUGCAUGAAAGAAUGAAAUUUUACAAAAUACUGAAAUGAAGGGAAGGUUCAUUCACUUUUCCUCUUCCAAAAGAUGACAACUCAUGAUUAACUGCAGAAACAGUGAGAGCAGAGAUUGUAGCAUGUAUGUAUGCACAGCCCUAACUAUAGAACUGUGAAAUGGUUCUACUCAAGAUAACAACAAUUGAAACAAAUAUCUUGUUUUUAUCUCUCCUUUAGUCUAUAACCUAUGAAUUUCUGUAUAUUGUGCCUAGGUUGCAUAGGUUAAGUGGCUCACAUAAAUAAAAUUAUCCAUCUUCACAUGUGCACUUUUACAGAAUUGGGAUUUCAGUUUGCUAAAACCCUGAAAUGACAACCAUUAAAAUGCAGAAAUCAAUACCUGGAAAAGGAACUAACAAAUAAAAUAUAAGCAGGACUCAGAAAGAAUUUGACAAGAACAUGGAUGGGAAAAAACAAUGAUGAUAAUAUAAAAAGCAAGUGGCUAAUAGAAAAUUAUUUUGAAUUGUAUAGACAAUGUGCUUAUGACCUCAACCACUUCUGCAUAAUAAGAAUAUUUUCUCUGUAGAAAUGACAGCAGUUUCCUCCAAA